AUGAGAACCAGCAACCACCUAAUAGGUUUUCUCAACUUCCUCACCUUCCUCCUCUCUAUCCCCAUCCUGGGCGGCGGAAUAUGGCUGAGCAGCCGUGCAAACAACACCGACUGCUUGAAAUUCCUCCAGUGGCCUCUCAUAGUGAUAGGGGUCUCCAUCAUGAUCGUGUCCCUCGCGGGCUUCGCCGGCGCGUGCUACCGUAACACCUUCCUCAUGUACCUCUACUUGUGGGCUAUGUUCAUCAUCAUAGCGGCCCUUAUUGGGUUCGUCAUCUUUGCUUAUGCUGUGACCGAUAAAGGGUCCGGCCGGCCCGUCAUGAACCGGGCUUACCAGGAGUACAAUCUUCAGGAUUAUUCAGGUUGGCUGGAAGAGCGCGUGAAAAGUCAGAGUUACUGGAGUAAGAUCAGUUCUUGUAUUAGAGACUCCCAUAUCUGUAAUAAAAUGGGAAGAACUGUUAGCGGAGUUCCUGAGACGGCCGAUAUAUUUAUCCGCAGAAAACUCAAUCCUAUUCAGUCCGGAUGUUGCAAGCCGCCUACAGCAUGUGGUUUUACGUACGAGAAUGAGACAUAUUGGGGCCAGCAGGGAGGAGGACUAGGCGGAGUUGAUUCAGAUUGUGUCCGAUGGAACAACGAUCAAGAGCAACUAUGUUACAGUUGUGACUCAUGUAAAGCCGGUGUGUUGGCUAGCCUCAAGAAGAGUUGGAGGAAAGUAUCCGUGGUCAACAUCGUCAUAUUAAUCCUGCUAGUUAUCAUAUAUGUUAUAGCUUGUGCGGCAUUUAGGCAUGACAAACGGAUGGACAAUGAUGAAGACUUUGGCGAGACCCGAAUGGAAAAGGAACGGCCCAGUAGGAUACAUUUUUAA